GAUCAUAAUUUUCUGGUCAUAUUAGUUCAGUCUUCCGAUUAAAGGUUUAAAAAAAAAAAAAAAAAAUCCCUAAAAUCACAUUUAGAAAGAGGGGCAAUGGGAGUGAUAAAAGGAGGCAGAGUCUCAGGCACAUUGCCGAACGAUGAGUCGUUCGCCGUGCACUACCCGGGCUAUCCUAAGACGACCGCUCGCGCACUCCAGACUCUUGGAGGAAGCGAAGGGAUUCUCAAGGCUCGUAGUUCACAGUCGAACAAAUUGGAGCUCCAUUUCCGGCCCGAAGAUCCGUAUUCGCAUCCUGCAUUUGGGGAACUUCGUCCCUGUAACAAUUUGUUGCUUAAAAUAUCGAAAAAGAAGUGUUCUAAUGGCCAAACUGCCGAAGCUUCUGGUAAAUUACAAGAGUGUUCAACUUCCGGAGCAACUGAUUCCGAAAAUACGAAACAGCCAUCUCAAGUUGAAGUGCAGAUAUCGGAAGAGGAACAAACUAACCUUUGUGCUGAUAUCGUUUCUCGAGUCUCCGAGGCUUAUCAUUUUGAUGGAAUGGCUGAUUAUCAACAUGUUCUUGCUGUUCAUGCGGAUGCUGCCAGGAAAAGAAAGAGAAAUUGGGUGGAAGCAGAGGAGCGGCCCUUUGGUGAGUUCAUGGAUGUGGAACAGGAGGAUGUGAUGAUGAUAUUGCCCCCUCUCUUUUCACCCAAGGAUAUGCCGGAGAAUAUAGUGUUAAGACCAUCGACCAUCUUAAAUUCAAAAAAGAAACAAGAGGGAGUUGUACAGCAUAGUGCUGAGGUUGACCUUGAGCCAGGCCUUGCAAUUGAUUUCAACAUUAAAGAUAUUCCCUAAAAAGUAAAUUGGGAGGAACUUAUAACCCGAGGCUCAGAGCAGUGGGAGUGGCAGAUGACUGUAUCUAAGCUCUUUGAUGAACGACCUAUAUGGCCCAAGGAAUCUGUGACUGAGCGCUUGCUUGAAAAAGGUCUAAAAUUUAGCCAUUUGAUGCUUAAAAGGCUUCUACUUGGGGUUGCUUACUACUUUUCAAAUGGGCCAUUUCUGAGGUUCUGGAUAAAAAAAGGAUAUGAUCCUCGCAAAGAUCCUGAUUCUCGCAUAUAUCAGAGAACUGAAUUUCGUGUACCUGAACCAUUGAGGAGUUAUGCAGAUGCCAAUGCAGCUAACAAAUUGAAGCAUAAGUGGAGAGAUUUAUGUUCAUUCCAAGUAUUUCCUUACAAAUGCCAGACAUUUUUACAGCUAUUUGAACUUGAUGAUGAUUACAUUCAACAAGAGAUAAGAAAGCCUCCAAAGCUAGCAACAUGCAAUUCUAAAACAGGAUGGUUCUCAGAGUGUCUGCUUGAUUGCCUGAGACUUCGUGUAGCAGUGAGGUUCUUGUCAGUAUAUCCCGAAACUGGUGCGGAUAGCAUACUGAAAUCUUACUCUGAUGAAUUUGAGAAGCUAAAGAGGUCAUGCAUUUACAAGGAUGUCUUCAACCCUCAUCAAGAGGAGCACCAGCAAACUGAUAAAGGGGAUGAAGAGAAAGAGAGGCCGAAAAGUUCUGAUAACGAGGAUGAUGAAAUUGAAGCUGAUGAUGAAGAGGAAUUGGAUUUGUAUGAGACACUUAAUCUGGGUGAUGAGGAUGAUGAAAUCCCUCUGCAACCUGAUACAUAUACGCAGAACAACUCAAGGACAUAUUUGCAAGAGCUUUUUGGUAGCUUUCCAUCUACUGUACCUGAUGCUGACACAAGUGAAGAAGAAUAUCAAAUAUAUGAGCAGUUUAGUGAUAAUAACUAUUCUGAUGAUGAUGAUGAUGAUGAUGAUGACAGCUGACAUUCUUAACCCAGAAGUUUACAGUUUGAAGCUACAACAUGUGGCAGUGCGGGUUGCAGUUAGUCUUGCAAGCUGUAGAGAAGGGUGACUAGAUAUCUGCAUAUUCUAUUUGCCGUUUUAGUUUACA